CUGAUUCAGUUAAUAAUCAAUCAAGUCAAGGAGUUAAAAGCUUGUAACAGUUGAAACUCAGAGAGGAUUCCUCCAACACCGGUGUGGCAACAUGGCUACUAAACAGCCCGAGGAUGCAUCCAGGGACAUGAGUUACGAGAACCAAAGCAGUGGACUCUUGGUGAGGAUCAGGAAAUUCAAACCAAAGGAAGUUUUUACCUGGCAGUUGGCCAAGACGUUCGCCAUGGGUCAGGGCCUGGCUGGGCUCAUCUGUGGGACGGCCAUCACCUCCCAGUACCUGGCCACAAACUUCCAUGUGAACACACCCAUGCUGCAGAGCUUCUUCAGCUACACCCUGCUGUGUGUCACCUACACCACCAUGCUGCUCUGCAGAACAGGGGAUGGAAACAUUUUACAGAUUCUGAAGAGGCGAUGGUGGAAGUACCUUCUGCUGGGGCUGGUGGAUGUGGAAGCCAACUACGUUGUGGUUAAAGCAUACCAAUACACCACCCUCACCAGUGUACAGCUGCUGGACUGCUUUGUGGUCCCGGUCCUGAUGAUACUGUCCUGGUGGGUUUUGAAGACACGCUACAGGCCGGUCCACUAUAUAGCCGUCUGUAUCUGUAUCCUCGGAGUGGGGGCCAUGGUGGGGGCCGACCUGCUGGCUGGACGAGAUCAGGGCCCCACCUCAAACAUCUUGUUAGGUGAUGGUUUGGUGCUGCUCAGCGCUACGCUGUACGCGGUUUCUAAUGUGAGUCAGGAAUACACAGUGAAGAACCUGAGCAGGGUGGAGUUCCUGGGCAUGGUCGGCCUGUUCGGCACAAUCAUCAGCACCAUACAGAUGGUGAUCCUGGAGCGUAAUGACGUUGCUACCAUCCAGUGGAGCUGGCAAGUCGGGCUCCUGUUCACUGCCUUUGCGUUGUGUAUGUACACUCUGUACAGCUGCAUGCCCAUAGUGAUGAAGCUGAGCAGCGCUACCUCCGUCAACCUCUCCCUGCUCACCGCCGACCUUCUUAGCCUCUUCUGUGGGAUCUUCCUCUUCCAAUACAAUUUCUCUGGACUCUACCUGGUCUCGCUGGUGGUCAUCCUCAUUGGCUUCAUCACCUUCAACGCUGUGCCGACACCCGCUGACCGUACAGACCCCACCACCUCCUCUUCCUCGUCCGUCUGUGAGGACGGUUGCUUUGACAAUCUUGAGGCCACUCAGAAUGACAUCACCAAGCAGGAAGUGGCCGUGAGGAUCACCACUGAGGAGGAGGAGGAGGAGGAGCAGGAUAAGGAGCAGCAGGGGGAUGCAGAGAAGGAGGAGGGGUGGAAGGAAGAGGAGAGGAGGAAGAUGAAGAGGAAGAGAGCUUCAGGACCAUCACAGAGCCUCGGACGAGGGAACGAUGAUGUUGUUGCUGUUGGAUGCAGCACUAAAAUGUGAACUACAGCACGAAAACCUGUCAAUAUGUCAUAUAUAUAUAUUUUAAACACAUUUAUUUAUUGAGUUUUGCUUAUAUACAAUAUAAUACAGUACAUAUAGAAAUCAAUAAGAAGGGAAAUAAAAGAGCAGAUACACAUAAAAACAAACUGUGGUACGCAUCUCAACAUUUAAUCAAAUUCAUUAGUGCUUUGGAAAUGUUUUAUAUGUUAUGAAAUGCUAUUAAGAUUGUAUUUGCCAAUAAAGUCCUCAUUCCUUAA